AUGAUUGCACCGCAAAGAAUGCUGAUGCCUGAGGGGCGUCCUCCUGCUGGUCUGACUACAGGGUUGCUUAUCUUUCUAACCUUCUUGUUUGGUAUAUCGCAAUUGUAUGAGGACUUCAAAAACCAUUUUGUGCUGACCCCCAACUCAUUGUUUGAUAUUGACUUGGGCAAACUGUCGCUGUACCCACUGAUGCAUUUGUCCUAUUUGCACCUAGUGUUUAAUGCGUUGGCAAUUGUGGGCCCAUUGAACAACUUCGAAAGCAGCCACGGUACUAUUCACACCGGUGUGGUGUUGAACUUGUCAGCAGUCAUUGCUGGUAUAAUCUACUGUGUGGUGUCUCGUCUACUGUCCCUUGAAACUGGUGUCGCAGGUGCCAGUGGAUGGGUAUUCACUUUCAUCACUUACUUAUGUGUUAAAGAGUCACAACUUUACCCACGCUUGGAACUAUCUCGUUUUAUUCCAGGUGUCACACAGAGCAUACCAACCCAAUUCACCCCCGUGGUAUUUCUGUUGUUCACUGCGAUUGUCUUUUUCCAAUCCAGUUUCCUAGGCCACACCGCAGGUAUGAUAGUCGGUUACAUUAUGGGAUACGGUGAGACCUGGUUUAACAUUCUAAUCCCACCUGCUUGGAUCAUAGAGAAGAUAGAAGAAAAAGCCGACCCACUGAUCAACUUGAUCCCAUUCGGCAUCAAAUUCUACCGCAGCACCGAGAUCAACACCGAUGACGGCUAUAGGUCUUUCUUCCCCGGACAAGAAGUGCUUCCAACAACAACCCCAGGUAACGUCCUUGGAACGGCAUAA